AGGGCCUGACACUCUUUGAUAGAGAAAGAUAGUCUUAUUGCGAUUCCUAUAAGAGGAAAGAGAAAAUAGUGCAAUGCUUUGUCUUUAUCACCGACCGGGUUUUUUUUCAUGGUCGGGUUAUGGCAGCUUAGGAAGGAGGCUGAUGGCGAUAUACAGAAAUUUAUAAGAGUGAAAGAGACAAAAGCCCGCAAGAUGCCAUACAUUAAACUGUCAAUCAUAUUGUCAAGAGUGUUAGUAAACAACGUCGUUUUCUUAUUGUAAAAGUUUUUUAGAGUGAAUAAUUGUGUUUAUAAAGUGUUUAACGGAGGUGUAAGACGUUUUUACGUAUAGUUAACAUGGUGGGGUGUUCAGUGGUUGCCUGCAAAAGCAAUAGCUUGCGAAAAGAAGCGGGUGUAACAUUUCAUGCCUUUCCGACGGAGGAUGAAAUAGUUAGGGAAUGGAUUGCGGGAACUGGAAAAUCUAAUUGGAUGCCUCAUAAAUACUCGCGUAUUUGUUCAAAACAUUUUGAACGACAUUGUGUCCGCAAACUGGGGAAACGAACUUACAUUGAAAAGUUUUCUGUUCCAACCUUGUUCAUACACGAGAGGAGAGAGAAAAUUCUUUUCUUCAUCAUGUCAUGGAAAUCGUCCAUUCGUGCACGUCGUCGUCGUGGCAGUCUCAACAGCAUUCUGAAGCUAUUAUUGAACUUCAUAUAAUUGAUCUACAGGUUACAAGUGUAUGUGUAAACAAAGUUUUCUUGACCCCCACAUUAUGUACAACGCGCAACACAUAAGAUUUUUUAUUUAAUCAAAGUUAUUCGGUUUUAUGUAAGAGUUUUAAUGUAAAAGACCAUGUUAGCUUAAAAUCAUAUACUGCGAAUCAAUAUUAUAGCUAUAAAUGUCA